AUGGUGAAUCGAGGCAAUGAAAUACCUAAAACUUUUUUUUCCCCAAGAGAUCACCAGGUCGAACUAUUAGAAAAAGCACGUAAAGGGAAUGUUAUUGUGCCUUUGGGUACGGGUACUGGCAAGACAUUUAUUGCGGUGUUGCUGAUAAAGGAUCACACGGCUGUUUUGACAGAUCCAAGCGGGAAGAAAAAAGCUUUUUUUCUUGUUGACAAGGUAUCAAUUGUGGAACAGCAAGCUCAACAUAUCGAGUGUCAUACUGUUUUAUGUGUUGGUAGGAUCCACGGCAGCCGGAAUGCAGACGCCGCUUCUUCACUUGAAAAAUUUAACAAAUUUAUUUGUAAUUAUGAGGUGGUAGUCUCUACAGCUCAAAUAUUUUUAAACGUUUUGGAUCAUGGUUUUAUUCACUUGGAAGAUAUAGCGCUUUUAGUGCUUGAUGAGUGCCAUCAUGUUCUAGGGAAAAAUCAUCCUUAUAGAAGGAUUAUGCAUCGUUACAAAAAUUGUUCAGAAGAUAAACGACCUAAAGUCUUAGGUCUAACAGCUUCCCUGAUUAAUGAUAAAACGCCAUCAAGCAAACUUCGACAGCUAAUUUCUCAGCUUGAGUCUAUAAUGUGUAGCGAUGUUGUAACUGCUAGUGACAUAGUAUCGAUUUCAAAAUACGGGCCGUCACCCAAAGAAUUUGUCAUUGUUUGUGAGGAUUCUUGCUCUGUUAAUAGCAACGAAGGCGUUUUGCUGAUUAAUACUCUAAGGCUGAAUGAUGAAUACGAUACUAAGUUGAAGAUACUGUUGUUCAUAGUGAUUUUUCAACCUUAUUUAAUUAUAAACUUCAUCAACUUUACAUACAUGUUUUCGGAAGCCGUGCAAGACUUUUGCUUAAAAAGCCGGGAGUUCAAUUCUGAAUUUGAAAUUGAUCCUAGAAAGCAAGUAUUGGAAGCUGUAAGAAGGACAUUGUCAGUUCUAAAACAAAUGGGAUGUUGGUGUGCGUGGAAAGUUUGUCAGUUUUUCCAGAAGCAGCUGAAGAAGCAUUCCUUACAGAAAAUGCUGCCUGAAAAGCAAAUGAAAUUUUUAAUGAUGGGCGAAACAGCUAUGUAUCAGGCAAAAAAGCUGCUUGAUAAGAAGGUAUUUUUGGUUCUAAUGAGGAAAUCUAAAAAAUUUCAGUAGCC